AGCAAACCGAGUAUCACCAACGAGAACACAGAAAAGGGCGAGGGUGGGAGCGCGGCAGGUCACUGCCUAUCUAGGAGACCAACAAAACAGAGAAAGAAACAGAGAGGGAGAGACACACUACUACUAGCAAUACGUAUGGGGAUACAUGGGUCGGAGGGCAACGUUCCUUUGCGUCUGUCAGUCUUGCAUUGCAUCGUCCACCACUUCGUCCUCCUCUUCCUCAGCGCUGCCGGACUGUACUUGACUUUGAUUUUCUCGAGCCUGCUCGUCGUCGUCGUCGUCAUCCUCUUCACCAUCGCUUCUCCUCAUUUUUCUCCGCUCCCGGCUCUCGUCUUCAUCGUCGUCUUCCUCGCGCAGAAUGCGACCAUCCGCGGUAGCUCCUCUCCUGGGAUCUGCUCUUCCUCGACCCCUUCUUCGCGUCUCCGAUUGCUCCUCGUCGAACAUGCCUCCGUCCUGCGCCUGGACAUCGUCCUCAUCAUCACCGAGAUCUCUAUUUUCGUCAAGCGCCUUUCUCUCUUCCUCUGCGUCGACCCCUACGUCCUUUUCCUCUUCGGCCCGUCGUCCUCGUCGCCUGUCGGCGUCGUCUUCGUCAGGUCUCGGCACACCGAGCCUCCUCUCCAGCUCUCUGCAUCUUCCUUCGAGAUCAUGGACCCUGGCCUCCCACACAUCCCUCUCCUCCUUGAGCCUCCGGUCAACGGAAAGCUCCAGAACGCGGCUAGAGCGCUGAAGAGUCUGAAGGAGUGUGUUUGAUCGACGAACCUGGUCCUCCAGCGUAGCUUUGAGCGUCCUGCUGUCCGAAAGCGAGUCGUAGAAAUUGGCAAAG